UGGCGUUUUCGCCCUUGCUGCGACCGCAUUGCUACAAAGUUUACAGUCGCCACAUUUGAAUGCUAGCAGCGGAGUUUUGAAGUUAUUACACUGUAGCAGCGCCCGAGACCGUUUUGUUUUUGGUCCAUUUCAGCUCGUCUUCAUGCUAACACGAGCCGGUGUUUGUGUUCUGGAGACGGGGAAGAGUCAGAGACCCGCAUGGAAAUAGCGCCCAGCUUUCCAUCUGAUGUCGAUUUACUGGUAGAACGGGGGUUUUGUGGUGCUGGUAGAUGUGACCAGCGUUGCAUGUGGAGCAUGUGCGCUCUCUUGCUUUAGUUUAUAUACAGUGUGGCGUUACACCGCUUCAGCGAGGCUUGUAUUUUCUUACAGAAACAUGCGCCUAAACCACCCAUAGUUUAUAUUUCAGCGUGGAAACAGCUCUAACGGACGGGUUUCUUUUGGUGGGGGGACGUAACCAAACACCACAUUGGUUUCUUGAAACAACAUGCCUAUUAGGCGUUUUGGGGGUUACAGGUCUCUGGUCUCUCACUCCCCAAAGCUGUCGUACGGUUUCGCGAAAAUGAACGUCUCAAAAAGUGGCUACCGAGUUUUUUCCGCCAACUCCACCACCGUCUGCACCGAGCUGGCCAAGAAGAUCACAGAACGCUUGGGUGUGGAGUUGGGCAAGUCGUUGGUUUAUCAAGAGCCAAAUGGAGAGACUCGAGUGGACGUGAAAGAGUCUGUCCGUGGACAAGACAUCUUCAUCAUUCAGACCAUUCCCAGAGAUGUCAACACGGCCAUCAUGGAGCUGCUGGUUAUGGCCUACGCCCUGAAGACGUCCUGUGCCAAGAACAUCAUCGGGGUCAUUCCCUACUUUCCUUACAGCAAGCAGUGCAAGAUGAAGAAGAGAGGAUCCAUUGUCUGCAAGCUGCUAGCAUCCAUGUUAGCUAAAGCCGGGCUAACUCACAUCAUCACCAUGGACCUGCACCAGAAAGAAAUCCAGGGCUUCUUCAGCUUCCCGGUUGACAACCUGAGGGCUUCCCCCUUCCUCAUCCAGUACAUCCAGGAGGAGAUCCCAGACUACAGGAAUGCAAUAAUUGUUGCAAAGUCUCCUUCAGCUGCCAAGAGAGCCCAGUCCUACGCUGAGAGGCUGCGACUCGGGCUGGCAGUGAUGCACGGGGAGGCCCAUCAUUCAGAGCUGGACAUGGUCGACGGCCGAAACUCACCCCCCUUCUCUCCCCCCCCGUCCCGCACCACCCAAGGACACACCGGCCUGGAGCUGCCAUGCAGCAGACCUCCUGCCCCAUUUCCUGGGAUAGAGCUCCCAAUGAUGAUGGCAAAGGAGAAGCCGCCAAUCACUGUCGUUGGAGACGUAGGAGGCAGAAUCGCCAUCAUUGUUGAUGACAUCAUAGAUGAUGUGGAGGACUUUGUUGCAGCAGCCGAAACCCUGAAGGAGAGAGGAGCCUACAAGAUCUACAUCAUGGCCACACACGGCCUGCUGUCUGCAGAUGCACCAAGAAUAAUAGAGGAGUCCGCCAUCGAUGAGGUGGUGGUGACCAACACUGUACCUCAUGAGGUGCAGAAGCUUCAGUGUCCAAAAAUCAAAACGGUGGAUGUCAGUAUGAUCCUGGCUGAGGCCAUCCGGCGGACCCACAACGGAGAGUCCAUGGCCUAUCUGUUCCGCAACAUCGCUGUCGACGACUGAGGCAACACACACUCUCACUCGCAUUCCUGCACACACACACACACACACACCGAUGACCAAGAACCUGUUGGUCCUGUUUGUUUUGCUGAUAAACAUGACAAGAGAUUGGUUAUAUUCCCUGCAUGUGACAUAUGAAGCAACUCAAAUUCUGCUUUAUUCCACUGUUGUUACAUAGUGGCACUGUACAAACAAUACAAACUGUUUCACUUCACUAAUACUGUAUAUGCUUCCUACAACCUAACAACAUAAAUAACACAAUGUAUGGUGUGCAGCCUCUCGGUACGCUGCAGGAUUUGGCAAAUAAAACAAUUCAUCUUGGGUGA